GACGACGCGACUGCCAAUGACUGCAAGUCCUGUCGUCCGAAAUUCUUGAAUCUUUGAUGCACUCCGGCGUUCCACCGAGAGCACAUGCCUGUUCGGCAGCGCGAUUGUCCGGCCUUCCAUAGAUAUCGCCGUACACCGUCCGCACAGUCCACAAACGAACUGAUUUCGUGAUCCUUGGAACUUAGAUGGACUAGAUAAGACGUGCUGUGUGCAUAUAAAGCUCGACCCCAAAACCUGCAAGGCUUGCCCUCAUCUCGCUUCUCAUCUCGCAUAGGACAAUGGGACAAGUCGUGCCAGUCGGCCCCAUGUUCACUGAGGCGAUAGGGUUCCUGAUAGCCAUUCUGCAGUCACUUCGAGGCAGAGCUAAAUCCGCAAAUCCGACUUUAAACGCCAUUGUUAAAGCUAAGAGUCCGGAAGACUUCGUGAGGAAGGCUGCUCAGGAAGCAGCGGAUAGAGCUGCCACGGACAAAGUAGAGGCCGCUGAGGCAGCUCGGCGGGAUGCGGAGGAGCGACUUAGAAAUGGCAUCCAACCUGUCGUCUUGCCUACUCCCAAAGAGGUAGAUGCAGUGAAAGCCAGGAUGGAAUACCAGGAGGGCAUAUUCCACUUCGCCGUCGCAGGGGUUGCUGGAACUGGCAAGUCUUCUUUGAUCAACGCUCUCCGCGGAUUGCGUAACAAGGACCGGGGUGCUGCUGGAGCGGGUGUUGUGGAAACGACAUCCACUAUCGGUCGUUACCCGGACCCCAAUUCCGACAAUCCCUUCGUAUGGUAUGAUAUUCCCGGUGCAGGGACCCUUUCUCAGCCAGACUGGCUAUACUUCAAUAACCAAGGUCUUUUUGUCUUUGACUGCAUCAUUGUCCUCUUCGACAACCGCUUCACCCAGACGGAUAUUGCCAUCCUUACCAACUGCCAGCGCUUCCAAAUCCCCACGUACAUUGUACGUUCGAAGGCGGACUCCCAUAUCCGUAACAUCAUAGACGAUAUGGGGUACGACCCUGACGAAGACGAUGGUGCGCAAUAUCAGUCAAUGUACGUCCAGGCACGUGAGCAGUUCAUUACGGCCACGCGGGCCACUGUCCAACGCAACCUCCAAGAAGCAAAUCUACCGCGCCAGAAGGUUUACAUCGUUUCCAACAAGAAUCUACUUACCGUGACGAAGGGGCGGAAGCUUUCCCCAGAGAUCAUUGACGAACUUGAGUUAAUGAACGACUUACUCGAGGAGGCUCGUUCUCGCCGCUGCGUUUUGGAGCGCCCUGCUUGACACGCUAUCGGGCAGGUUUGGCGUCGGCGCUCUCAAUACCUCCACAUCUGCCGACUUUUCUCAGCUGAGCUGCUUGUGGCUUCUUCGUUCCACCCACAGGGAUACUUCUGAACUAGUCCAGUAGCGUCGUUUGCUUUGUACACUUCAUGUUCUGUGAGCUUGUAAAUCUACAC